AUGAGCAGCGCGGAGCCGCCGCUCGGCGCCGGGCCGCGGGCAGCGCCCGCCUGGCAGCGGGAGAUCCUGGAGCGCAAGCGGGCCAAGCUGGCCGGGGCGGGGGGCGAGCCCGAGUCCCCGGCCGGGGAGCGGCUGGUGGUGGCGGAGAGCCUGGGCCCGCUCCGGGAGAACCCCUUCAUGCGGCUGGAGAGCGAGCGGCGCCGGCUGCGGCAGGGGCGGCCCGGGCCCGGCGGCGCGGCGCGGCCGCUGCAGCAGCUGCUGGAGCUGUACAGCGCCGUGCCCGGCAUCCGCACCAUCCGCGCCGACAACAUCCUCAUCAUCGAGUCCCGCUCCGACCCCGCCGCCUGCUUCGCCGCGGGGGACGCGCCGCCCGCCCGCCGCCGGGACCCGGCCGGCACCGACCCGCUGCGGGAGCUGCUGGCCCGGCGCGGCGCCGCGCUCGCCGAGAUCCGCGCCGACCAGGUCGUCAUCUACGAGACGGCCGAGCCGCCGGAGCCGCCCGAGGCGGCCGAGCCGGGCACCGUCAGCCGCCUCCUGGAGAAGUUCGGGCAGCGGCCGCGGGGCCGCCGUCGCCGCGUUGGGGACGCUCUGACCGGGACCGGCGGGGGCGCGGGACCCGGCUUCCCCCGGGCUCCGGCGCCAAAGGCGGGACCGGCAUCUCCGCCGGCGGUCCCGGCCACCCCUCCGCCGCUCCCGGCUCCCCCCCGGGCCGCCACUCCGCCCGCGGUGCCGGUGGCCCCCCAGCCCACGGUCCUGCAGCCGGCUCCCCCCCGGGCUGUCACCCCUCCGCCCACAGUUUCCCCGCGGGCUGUCACCCCCCAACCCACGGCACCCCCUCCCCGGGUUGUCACCCCCCAGCCCGUGCCCCCCCAGCCCACCCCGGCUCCCCCCCGGGCCGCAGCCCCCCAGGCGGUGCCAGCGGCCCCCAAGGCUGCGGCCCCUCAGGCCAACUGCUUCCUCCACAAGAUCAGCUCCAACUCCUUCACGGUCACUCCCCGGGGGCAGACCCCCAGCACCCGCGUCCCCGAGCCCGGUGCUGUCCCCGCCGGCCGCCCCGCGACGCCCAAGGGGCCACCAGUGCCAUCCACCAGCCCUUCCCAUGCCAGAGCCAACGCCAGGAGGCCAAAGGCGGAGGAGGCCGAAGCGGCCGUGUCGCCCCUGCCCAGUGCCAGUCCGGCCCCCAGUGCCACUCGGCCGCUCUCCGCCUCAGCCCCGCGGGCCGGGGGCUCCUUCGAAAUCCACCCGGCCCCCAAGCCCGACUUGGCGGCCAUCCCAGCCCACGACCUGCAGGCACAGGCUCUGGCCAAGCUGCGCCUGAAUUCGCGCAAUUCCUUCGUCUUCGUGCCCCGCCGGGAGGGCAGCCCGGCUCAGCCCCAGAUUGCCAGGCCAGGCCCAGCGCCCUCGGAGGAGAAGGCACCCCAGGAGCCUCCCAGGGCCUCCGCCCCGGAGCAGGAAGAGCCCAUCACUUCCCCAGCGGCGCCUCUGGAUCCCUUGGUACCUGUGACUUACAUCGAUGACAUUGUGGAGCCGGACAGCGGGGAGCUUCUUCCCAGGGCUGGCCCAGCUGUGAGGACCGGGAGCUUGGCGAAUCAGCCCGGAGGAGCUGGCCCUGACCUGGAGAUGGAGUUUUCCUCCGUGCCCCUCUACAGACCACACUCUGCCCCCCAGCAGAGGGGAGGCAGCACCUUCACUGUCGUGCCCAAAAGGAAACCCGUGGCCCCGGGGCUGCAGGCUCUCGCCGAUGCCAGCGGAAGGCCACAGCGGGAGGAAGAGGAGGAGGAAGAGGACGGCAAAGGAAGAGGCAAAGCCGUGGAGAACGCUGAUGGGCCCCAAGUGGGGAUAUCUCAUAAAAAGCGCUACCCCACGGUGAACGAGAUUGAAGUGAUCGGGGGGUACCUGUCCCUGGAGAGGUCCUGCAUGAGCAAGACGGGCUCACGCCGCAAGAAGAUGAAGAUCUCUUUCAACGAGACGAGUUUGCAGACGAUGUUUGAGUACCCUUCAGAGAGCUCCCUGGCAGAAGAGGAUGAGGAAGAGGAAGGACACACUUCUGAAACAGAGGAGGAAAAAUCUCCUACCUUUUAUGUUCCACGCCCAAACAGCACUUUGCAUCCCAGUACACCUAACUCAGCAGAUUUAUCCAGCUACACCCCAAAGCACUCUGUGAAGUUCAGUGAGUGGCAGGAGCAGAAGUAUGAGGGUCCUGCUGCAGAGGGACCCCUCCCAAAGGAAGCUGAUGCCCAUGGGAACCAAGUCAUGCUCACCCCGGCGGAGAAGGGCGGUCUCUCGGAUUUCAGCAGCGAGCCCGCGCUCUAUUUCUGAGGCUGCUCCGCGGUGCCUGCUCAGCCGGGCAGGACAGGAACCGCCACCCAAACCGCCCCCAAACCGCGGCUUUCCCCGGAUCCUGCUGCCAAGGGUGGAACACCUGCUCUCGGGCAUCUUCAGAGAAUAUUUGCACUGGAUUUUGGGACCCAAUUACUGCUUUCAAGGCAUAUGAUUUAUUCUGCCUGUGGCCUUGCAUAUUCCUUGUUCAAGAUCAGCUGCCGGUUAGGCAAGUGUGGGAAGGACUUCUGUAAUCCUGGGGUGGAUGUUGAUUUUUCUUACUGCUAGUCUGAGUCCAGGCACUGUGCAGGCUCUGGACAGCUUUUGCAACCCUUCUCCCCAGUGGAGGAUUGCUCUGGAGUUGGAGCUCUGGGCAGCAAGGCAGGUUCACAGCGUGGCUGUGAUUUGACACACUGGGUGUCACUGAAGCUUCAGGGUUUGUCCUUUGCGUGUUUCUGGCUCUGGUUUCACUGAAACAUCAUGGAAUUCAUGUGCCAUGAGUUAUGCCAUGAAAAGCCAGUUACAUGCUUGUGGAGUUCACUGAGAACACCCUGAGGGAGGGAUGGGAAGAGCAAUGAAUGCCUUUAGCUUUAGGUGUUAUUUUUGCACCAAUGAGUAGAAAAAUGUCCAGACUGUUUUGAGCCUCUUGAAGACUUCCAAACAUUGGCCAUAGCUUUGGUCUGUUCUUCCCAACUCUGGCAUCCAGUCUCUGGGAAUUGCUGGUUGUGCUCCAGUUUGCCAGCUCCUCUUGUUGCUUUGUCCCAGAUCUGAUUGAUCUCUCUUGGUUGCUUCCUUCAAGCCACACUUGCUCUGCUCCUCUAAUCAAAGCACAGGAGGGCAGUUUCACUCCUUUCUUCUGCAGAACUUGAACAAGGAAUGUGGGUUAUUUUUGUUUUUUCUAGGAUUUUUAUAGUUCUGUUGUAAUUGUUUAAUGCAGCCAAUAUGCAAAGGACUCUGCUAGAAUCUUCCAUUCAAGUUUUCUACUACUGUAAACUCAGGGUCAAAAUUGCACUCUGGAACAGAUGGAGCAGUGCUGCUAAUGAGAUUUGUACUUCGGGAUUAAAAGAGAUGUGGUGAGAACAGAUCUGGCCUCUUUGGGCUUUAUGGAAUGAGUGGUACCCCCAUGUGGGGUGUGAUCCAAAGGAACAGGCUGGUAUCUUUGAUUAAAUUUGAUGGUUACUGGUUUGUCUCUUAUAGAUGGUAUCUGCUCAAGUGACACUGGUCUGUGAACUGAAAAUGCUUUGCAUACCUUGCACUUGGUUUGGUGUCUGUUGUAGCAGCAAGGGAAGGUUGUUCUGCUAAAAAAAACACAGGAUUAAAUGUUAGGACAUACAUACUUGUAGCUGUUCCCUUCUGCCCUGGGUGCCUAAAUACUUUUGGAAAGAUAAUGCAAAAAAAAAAAAAAAGAAAAAAAAAGAGCUACUCAGUAGUUUGUUAGAUGUUGGUUGGGGGGGGCACAAAGAAACAUUUUGCACGUCCUUGUCCAUUCCAAGCUGAUUUCAGAUCUGCUGCCUGUGUGACUUGCCAGAAGCAGGAUGUGUCUGCAGUGCAUCUGCCUGGGACAUGACACAAGGACCAUGGAGUUCCAGGUGUUGAGGCUUCUCCCAUUAAUGAAAUACUUCAGGAUAAGGUGCUGAGACUGGGGUGGAAUCAGGGAAAAUGUGAGACUGCUGCUGACUGCUACAUUUAAGGGAUGAGUUUUCAGCAGAGCUUUUCUAGCAAAAAAUGCCCCAGUGAACAUCUUUCCCUGUGGAAAAGCCCAGGUCAGUUUAAGGCAGCUCUGUUUCUAGCACAACUGCAGGUGGUAAAGCAAAGCUGCUUUCAAUUCAAGUUAGGGACAAGGGGUCUGAACUAGCCCUGGCUUAGUUCUCCUAUAGAUCCAUGAGGAAUGCUAAAGCCAACACUGUCCUGCAGCUCCAACACUGCUCUGGUUCUCGUGGGAGCCAAUUCUGUGCCUGCAGCCCUGUGGGCAGGACAGCUCGGGGGUGUGGCAGUGCAGAGUGUGCUGCUGGCUCUCUGCUCCUUCCCCCGGUGAUCCUGCUCUACCUCGGAGCUGGGAUUCACACCUCACUGAGCACUCCUUUGCACUUCCCAGCUCCAUGCCCUAAUCCCUGCCCGGGUCCUCCAGCUCCCUGCGGGCAGAGCAGGGUGAGUGCUGUCCCAAGGGCAGGAGCUUUAGCUGAUGGGUCACCUCCUGGGAUGUGCCUCAGGAUGGCUGUGCUUAAAAUGAAGGGUAUUUUUUUUU